AACAAACACUAUAAGAUAGGGGCGACAUAGUCUGUUGUUGGACAUCGCAAGCAUGAUGUACAAGAAAUAUACUGCCGUGGUCCUUGCGGUGUUGGUGCUCGCUGCGGAGGCGAACACCGUCAACAAAGUCUCUCCUGUGGCGCUUGAGGCUGCACCGAAGAUCGAUGGCUGGGGCGAAUCAGCAAACGUCAAUGAGUACGUUGACAACACGCUGCAUAUGCUCAUCCCCUUCAUGCAAAACAAUGGUCUUGAUCCUAUGGCGCUGCCCGAUGUUGUCGAAGGUUUUGAAGUCAGGCCGCUGUUAAUCACAUACAGCGCGUGGCUGAAGAUCACCAACGGCAGAAUGACUGGUCUAGUGAACAUGCAGCGCUCUGGAGACCAGAUGGUACACUAUUUUGCCAAGAUGGUCCGCUCGAGAAUUGAACUGCAGUUCACCGAUUUAAGGUUCGACUACAACUACCUCGUCCAAGUGAUGAACUUGGGGCCCACUGGUGGUAUCGUGGCCACGCUGAGCCGCUUCGUAAUCGUUGUAGACGUACUCAUCGACUUCAACAACGAUGAGAUUCAUCUUCAGGAGUUCUCCAUGAAUGACAUCGGUCGCUUGCGCGUCCGUUUCACCGGAAACAUCCUGACCGACUGGCUGGUGAACCCUGUGCUCAACGUGUUUAUCCGCAUUUUCGACACCAUCAUCAUCAAGGUCGUUGAGGUCAACAUCCGCAACGCCGUCGUCGCCGUCAUUGGCAUCCUCAAUCAUAACAUCGCUGAGAUCAUCAGUACCCUGGAGUCCAUAAACUAAUUACCUGAAUAAAUGUGAUAUUUUGUAUUACCCAAGCAAUCUUCAAUAAAAUAGUAAUACUAUGUAGAA